GUUCAAGUAAGUUGUACACCUGAUAGGAGUUCCUUCUAUAUUGAAUGUUUGUAAGCUGUGAUUGUAAUUGUCAAUAUGGAUGAUUCUCAGAAAAAAGGGAUUCUUGAGUACUUCAAUGCAUUGAUAGACCACCACCCAGACGUAUCCGCUGCUGUUGCUGCCAUAAAAACACUGCUGCAUUUCAUCGAGAACAAUCAUUUGGAGACCUUAGCAGAGCUUCGUGCAAUACUUAAAGAUGCCAUUAACACUCUAAUGGGGACAGACAGCAGCGUGACAUCCAUAUCGUCUGGCUGUGAACUCUUCUUACGCUUCAUUACACUCACUAGUCUGGACUAUACAGAUUUUAAGAAAUGCCAGACCAUUAUGGUGCAGAGAGGAAAUACAUUUCUUGACAAAGUGGCUUCAUCUAGACUGAAAAUUGCACAACAGACUGAUAAAUUUAUCAGAGAUGGAUCAAAAAUUUUAAUCCAUUCUCACUCGCGGGUUGUGCAACAAGUUUUGAAAGCGGCAAGUCAGUCAAACAAACGCUUUGAGGUGUUUGUGACCGAGUCCCGACCUAACGACGCUGGAGUGAAAACAAAACAAGAGCUGGAUGAGUAUGGCAUACCCUCAACACUUGUGUUGGAUUCUGCUGUCGGGUCCAUUAUGGAGAAAGUGGACAUGGUGCUGUGUGGGGCAGAGGGAGUUGUAGAGAGUGGGGGCAUCAUAAAUAAGAUUGGUACAUUCUCAAUUGCGAUUGCUGCCAAGGCGAUGAAUAAACCAUUUUACGUUGUUGCGGAGAGCUUCAAAUUUGUGAGAUUAUUCCCCUUGAAUCAGCGAGACCUCCCAAACCAAUUCAAAAUCUUUGCUCUGUGCUGCUGUCUUGGGGAGUACAAGGCGUCUACGCUGCAGUCCGGAUGUGACCUAGACAAGGAGCAUCCCCUGGUGGACUACACUCCCCCGAGCUACAUUACCCUGCUGUUCACCGACCUCGGCGUCCUCACGCCCUCAGCAGUCAGUGACGAGCUCAUCAAACUCUACUGUUGAUCACGUGGUUGCAAUUAUUGUUUUAUGCAAAUAAAAUGUUUGAAAAGUGUU